GCCCAGCCUUCCUUUCCCGGGGUUGAUUGGCCAUCCGGCCAGUCACUCGAGAUCCCAUAUGGGCUUCUUGGAAAAGUUGGCUCCAGACUCCAGGUUGCCCUGGGCGCCCUGCUGCAGGGGGAGAGAUUCCCGGCGAGGCCUGACGGCAUGAGAGAUGGGCUGCCAGAGCUCCCACCCGUCCGCUAUCCCCGAGCUGGAGGAGAUCAUGGAGGAAACCGGCUUUUCGCAGGCCAGCGUCGUCCGCCUCUAUGACCGGUUUCAGGCCCUGGACAAGGAGCAGAAGGGCUACCUGAGCAAAUACGACCUGCAGGGGAUCGGGGAGCUGGCGGUGAACCCCCUGGGGGACCGGAUCAUCAACGCCUUCUUCAAGGAGGGGGAAGAGCUCACCGAUUUCCGAUCCUUCAUCCGGGUCCUGGCCCGUUUCCGGCCCAUGGAGGAAGGAAAGUCCAAGGAGACUGGUCGCCCGGAGCCCAUGAACAGCCGACAAAGCAAGCUGCAGUUUGCUUUUCAGCUCUACGACCAGGACAGCGACGGGAAGAUCUCCCGGGACGAGAUGCUGCAGGUGCUGCGGCUGAUGGUCGGCAUCCAGGUGACGGACGAGCAGCUGGCGUGCAUCGCCGAGCGCACCAUCCAGGAGGCCGAUCAGGACGGUGACGGCGCCAUCUCCUUCGAGGAGUUUGCCAUGUCAGUGGAGAAGCUGAACAUCGAGCAGAAAAUGAGCCUCCGGCUGCUGAAGUGACCCAUCAGGACUGGAGAGAGCUCCCCCCCGCCCGACCCAGCACUGGGAAGAUCCACUCUCAGAGGGGCUGCCGCCAAUCAGAUUUCAGCUCCGCCCUCUCAUCAUUCAAUGGAUCCCUCCAAGGAGGGGCUGCAUCCAAUCACACUUCAGCUCCGCCUUCCUACCUCCGCUCCGCAUAGUUCCAGACAGAGAAGAGCUGCACCCAAUCAGAUUUCAUCUCUGCCCCCUCACCUCAGGAAGGAUCCAGUCUGACAGGGGCUACGUCCAAUCAGAUUUCACCUCUGCCCCUUGUCUUGGGAUGGAUCCAGUUGAAGAGGGGCUGCAUCCAGUCAGAUUGCAUUGCUGACAAAGAGCGGAUCCUGCUGUGAAGCUGGCCUAUGAUGGCUGUCACUCCUUCCAAAUAACAAGUGCCUGCACCCAAGGGAAUGGGAUCCAAGCUAACUCCCCUCCCCAGCGCUGCCCCUGAUAACUGGGGGACUCUGAUGCCCCCCAAUGGCAGGGGAUAGUAGAGCCUCUGGUCAGUUUACUGCAGAUCAGAGACUUACAACCUACAAACAGCACCUCCCGUUCUUGUGCUUUAAGCCCUCUUUGCAGUCCCUCUAUUCUGGGCCCCGCCCAGCUCCCAGUGUCAAUUAGAGCAGCCCUGAGGCUGCUCUGACUUGCACAUUACCCCCUAACGGCCCUGGGGAGCAGAGAAUACCCACAGCGCCGUACGCUCCAGCUAUGUCCCCAAUCGACCCCCUGUGCCGGGAGCUGGAAGCAGGGCCCUUAUGCACAGCAGCCGGGGACGCUCUCACUGGUCAAGGCGCGGGAAGCUUCUCAGGGCGACGCUGCCGUCCCAGUGGGCUCAGCGUGCCUGAGACUUGGGCCUAGAAUCUCCUGCCAUCGGGGCUGGAUUCGCUCGGAUUCAACUCUGUCUGUUUGUAAAAAAAUAAAA